AACACCAAUUAAUGUUCAUACGCAGUGUAGUUACUAAUUAGGUACGUAUUCUCUGUAAUGAAAAUCGGGAGCUUACAAACAUGUGAUUAGAUUGUGGAAUCAAAUUAACUGAAUAAAAAUAUUUUUAUUUAAAUAUGUAGAGCAUUAUUAGUGUUCUGAAACACACUCGACGCAGCUGCGACAUGCCGCCACCUGUUAUUAAGCAGGUGUACGCGUCAUGCGGCGCGCUGUGCCUGUUCUUCACCAACGGCUACCUGCUGGGGCUGCAGGCGGUGCUGGCGCCGAGCCUGCGCGGGGGACCGCUGCGCCUCACAGCCGACCAGGAGUCCUGGAUACCGUCGUCGCUGAUCCUGAUGGUGUUUCCGUCGGAGGUGUUGUUCGGGGUGGUGAGCGACGCGCUGGGGCGGCGGCGCGUGCUGCUGGCGGCGCUGCUGCCCUGCCUGGCGGCGGUCGCGCUGCUACACUGCGCCGGCAGCUACCCCGCGCUGCUGGCCGCCUACUGCUGCGCCGGCGUGGGCGGCGGCGGGCUGUUCGUCGCUUCCAUGACCGUGGCCGAGCUCACCGCGCCCCGCUACCGGCCAGCCUUCAUCAGCUGCCAGCUGCUCACGCAGAUCACCGCCAUUGGCCUCGCGCAUUACAUCAGCAACUUCGUGGACUGGAGGAGCCAGAUCAUAUACGUGGCGAUCCCAUGCGUGCUCGGCAUGCUGGCGACUCUGACGGCGCCGGAGAGCCCGGUGUGGCUCGCGGCUAGGGGACGCUUCGAGGAGGCCAAGGCCGCGCACUACUGGCUGCACGGUGAUGAUGCCACUGACUCGCUGCAGCAGCUCAUCAAAAACCAGGAGAUGGAAAUCCAUGCCCGGAUCCAUAAAACAGACAAAUCAUGGAGGUGUCGAGUGUCUUUUUUAAAAGAAAAGCAAUUUCUACGUGCCAUGUUUUUGGCUUUCGCUGCGGCAAUUUUCAUCGAAAACUGUGGGAAGCAAUUGUUUAACGCGUACGCCAUAGACAUGAUCAACAUGAUCAUGCACGAGCCCGAGCACGUGUACUACUACGCGGCCAUGUUGGACGCGGUGGACGUGGUCAGCCUGGCGCUCUCCAUCGUCCUCAUACAGAAGUUCAACAGAAGAACUCUGCUCAUGAGCCUCGGGUUUCCCGCUCUGACGUUGCUGUUCAUCACCAGUUUGUUCUCCUUCUUGAUGUCAAAAGACAUAGUGCCUGCAAGAUUCGCGUGGGUGACGCUACUGCUGCUGUCAGUGUACUUCUUCAUGCUGAAUAUCGGCGUGAUUCCGUCGCUUUACACGGUGAUGAACGAGGUGUAUCCAGUAGACCACCGCGGGGCGGGCGCGGCCGCCACGUCGUUGGCCUACGUGUCCGUGAUGUUCGUAGUCACAAAGCUGGCCCCCGCGCUGCUGCGGGGGUGCGGGGUGGGGGGUCUGCUGGCUGCCAGCGCCGCCGUGUCUGCGCUGUCGCUGCUGGGCCUGUGCUGGCGCCUGCCGGAGACCGGCGGGAGGACGCUGGUGGACAUCAGCGAGCAGCUGCGCGCGCGGGGGGUGGAGGAGGAGCGGGGGGCGUGGGGGACGCGGGGGGCGGGGCGGCACCUCGCGGGGGACGUCCGGGACAAGUUCCUCAAGACGCCGUAUCCGCCGUCGCCCACCAGCUUGUUGAAUGUGGAGUACGUUAGUGUGCAACAAAAUUGCUGUUGAUGGAGCUAAGACUAGGUAAUAUAGGUGUACUAAGUUCUUGCUAUUUAUAGUGGCUAGUAUCUAAUAUUUUUAUUAUUUUUCAUGUUGGACGUUGUCGGUGGGCAGCUGCUAUGCAGGAUCUUUGUCAAGAUUCCACCCUAUACAAAUAAUAAUUUAUUACCUGUAAGGUUAUUAUGUUUGUGAUCACAGCUGUAUUUCUUCUUCUGACCUCUACUAUGUCACACUGGUACAUAUUAUGUGCAUUACAAAUACAUGGCACAAUAGCUAAUACAAUAAAACCUGUAUAAGUGCCACUUCUACUAAAUUAAUCUAACUUUAUAAUUAUUAUAGCCUCAGAUAAAGAGGUAUAAAAUACACUAGAUGUUUCAAUUUGUUUUUAAUGUAAACAUUAAAUUGUAAGAACAAAUCUCAGCCAUGUAAAGGUACACAGUUCUGCAGACAUAACAAAAAUACAAACCUACCGACGAAUGACGAGAGGUGUUCGUUUACCUUCACAUUAGAACCUCACGUUAAACGCUCUUCACGGCAGGCGCGCGGGUCACAUUCGAGCGACAUUUGAUAAAAUGUCUACAAAUAAAGUCGAACAUAAUAAAAUUAUCGCAAUCUAAUGUAAAUUUGUGAUCCAAGAGGGUGAAUGAUAUUACUUCUGUUAAAUUUAGCACCAAUAUGCGAAUGUGUAUUCAAUGACGAUAUA